AUGAAAACCGUCCUUUGGCUUGUUUUUUGGAACUUGGGCCUUAUUGCCCUCUCAAUAUGUGUUCUAGCAGGGUGCAGGACAUCGGCUGAGAAGAACUAUGCUCUCAUCCAGUGGCCAAGAUCAACAAUAGCUCUCAUAUGGGGAGAAGAGUGCGAAACAGCCACGGCCGAUAUCAUACCAGACUGGUACAAGUUUGGAGUAUGCAGAGUCACUGAUGGACAUACAUCAUGCGAGAGCAAAUUCCCUCCAACAUUCAACCUCGCCCAAGCCGUUCUCAGAGACCUUGACGAAGCCGAAUCAUCAGAUACACUGGAAAAAUGCAAAGAAGCCAUCGACAAGCCUAUCGAUCACAAAACGCCCAAGAAACUUGGUGCAAUCAUGGUCUCGUUCCUUAUCACGUCCAUCUUUAUCAGCAUCUUCUCCAUCGGCAUAGCAGUCGCGGAAGGCAGUGCCUGGGCCCUGUGGACGACGGGUAUACUGGCAAUAGACAUGCUGCUAAUAUUUGCGAGUCUUGUCCUUUGCGUCGCCAUGAUGAACUUUGAGGGAGGUGGAUAUCUUGCUGGUGUUCAUGCGCAGGAGUUUUCGGACAGGGCAAUGAUGGGGAUUGCUCUUUGGAUGAUGCUUGCCAUGCUCAUUGGACGACUAUUGUCAAAUCCCUGGUUAAUCUUCCUUUUUAUUGCGAUUCUGGUCACCAUUAUUGUUGUUUCGCUAGUUCUCAUUCGCACAAGGGGCUUCUUUUACGUCGUUCGCACGAUGGCUACAAUGGAUUAG